CCAAAGGGUCCCAAGCUAUACAUUAAUUUCAAGGAAAGCAAUGAAAAGAAUCCCAAACAUCAUGUUAUCUGCAUUUCGAAACACUUGUACUACUCUUUGUUCUCAUCAUUUCUUAAACCCUAAACCCUAUUUUCCUCUCUUUCUUAUUUCCACCCAAAAUAUCUCCCUUCCCAAUUCCACUUCACUCUCCAAACCUCGUUAUUGGCACUCUACAUUUUUCUCAAUGACUAGUGGUGCUGAUUCCCCUAAUCUUUCUUCGGAGAAAUUGGAGAAACAGUUUGAGGAUUUUCGGGUUCGUUUGGAGGAAUCCGGGAAUUUAAAGGAGCGGAUACGAGCUGUUGCGACGGAAAUUGAUUCGGUUACGCGGUUGAUAUAUGCUAGUCUUCUUCUUGUUCAUCAGUCUCGCCCUGUUGCUGAGGUGAUAGAGAAGGCUAAGUCUCAGAUUGGAGUACUGAAGGAACUUUACAGCCGGCUUUCAGAAAUUGUAAGUGAAUGCCCUGGUCAGUAUUACCGAUAUCAUGGUGAUUGGAAGAGUGAAACCCAAACUGUGGUGUCAUUGCUUGCUUUUAUGCAUUGGCUAGAAACUGGGACUCUUGUUCUGCACAGUGAAGUUGAGGAGAAACUUGGGUUGACACCAACAGAAUUUGGACUUGAUGUUGAUGACUAUCUUAUUGGUAUUUGUUUCAUGUCCAAUGAGUUGCCUAGAUAUGUGGUGAACCAAGUGACAGCUGGGGAUUAUGACUGCCCACGCAAGGUUUUGAAGUUCUUGACAGAUCUUCAUGCAGCAUUUCGUAUGCUUAAUCUCAGAAAUGAUUUCUUGCGCAAAAAGUUUGAUGGAAUGAAAUAUGACCUGAGGAAAGUUGAAGAAGUAUUUUAUGAUGUAAAAAUCAGAGGCUUGGCUGCAAAUGGAGACUCAGCUGGAGCGAAGCAGGCGCAAGGACAAUCUUGAAUAUCUUUCUGUGCACUGUCAAUUAAAAAUAGGAUUUUGUUUUUGUAUUUGUGUAUGUUCGAGGAUGGGUAGUGGCUCUUGUCCAGUUUUAGUUUCUCCUGUAAUGCCACAAUGCAGGUUCUGUUGAUACUGUCAGUGAAACAGGAAAGAGUUGAAGUCUAUGCUAUUCCUUUUGCCGA